AUGGGAUGUGGUUCGUCAUCUGCUGCUGAAGUAGCGCCAGCUGAAAUCAUCGAACCAUCGCCACCAUCCGAUGAUGUUCCAUCAGAUCCAAAGAUUCCAACAAGUUACAGACCCUCGAUUAUCAGUCUACAGAUUCCAAAUGAAUUUGGUGAUGAUGUUAGUUCGGAUGCCUUGAGUGAACGAUCGGAUGGUCAAGAAGAAAACGUGGAGUAUCUGUAUGCCACCGAUGUAACACUACAAUGGUUGCUGGAACGGAUUGCAGACAAAUUCAAAAAAGAGAUUCCAGAAGAUCCACAAUGGAUUAUUGAACGUCUGAAUAGGCCCAGUUGGGAUCUAGACUACGCCACGUCAUCAGUGGUUCGAGUAACAUUUGGAUGGGACGAUGACGAUCUUCCUAGAAGUGUUGUAUUGAAAACUCCAGUAGCUAAGGAUCAGAGAGAUGAUGAAGAGGGAAAGUAUCAUUAUAUCAUGUUCAAGAGAGAAUGUAAUGUUUACGAAUGGACUCAAAAAUUUCCGAAAUUGGUGGCUCCCAAUAUCAUUCAUAUCAAGAAGCAUUCGAAAGAGGGAAGUGGAGUUGUGGUGAUGGAGGAUGUUUCUGAGAAGGGACAAGAACAGGAUCCAGUCAAGGGAUUGACGCUGGAAGUGGUGCGUGAUCUACUAAAACAAAUCGCAUAUCUCCAUUCGGUUUCUCUAAAACACACCUCAUGGAGUACAUUGGUCGCUGAUCUACCACCAUCGUAUUAUGCUCAUACAAUUGGAAAUUUUGAUGAGACAAUGACAUUUUUCGAGAGACAAGAUGUCGAUCAUUCCAGAUUUGUGCACAUUGGAAAAUACUUCUCCGACGAGUACCUCCAUUCAACUGCCACUGAAACUACAGAAUUGUUGGAGAUUCCAAAAGUUUUGGUUCAUGGAGAACCGUAUGCAAGUAAUGUUUUCACUAAAAUGGAAGGAAAAGAACAGAGAAUUCUUUCGUUGAUUGAUUGGACAGAAGGCCACUCGGGCUGUUUCGCUGAAGACGUCGCAAAGAUAAUUUGCUGGAAUUUGAAUGCAAAAGAAAGAGUGGAUAACACGAGUUCCCUUCUUGAAGGAUACCAUUUUCAUUUGGCAAGAUACUAUGACGGUGACUGUCCAUUUACUGUAGAUAUCAUUCAACGAUGCUAUGAACUAUUCGUCCCAUUCGCAAUGGUUUCUCUGUGUGGAAAAGUGAUGAGUGUGAAGAAUAAAACCGAAAAAGAGCCACUAAUCGAAAGAGCGAAAAGUCUCAUUCAACAAGUUUAUGCCAUGGAGAGACUCAAUGAAUAA